UUAAAGCCCAUUUCAGAAGGGAGUAACAUGACAGACAGAGAAAGAGAGAGAGAGAGGACAGAAGUUGUGCAGACCUGGGAGUGUGUGUGCAUGUGUGUGGAUUGCCAGCAGCUGGAAGUCAGUAGCACAGCAGAAUACCAAAUAUGGCAGAAAGCACAGACAUGGACCAGCUUCUGAGCUCCUUUAAGAAGUUUGCUGUUCAUGGUGACACCAAAGCCACUGGGAAGGAGUUGAAUGGGAAAAACUGGGCAAAGCUGUGCAAAGACUGCAAAGUCACUGAUGGCAAGAAUGUCACCAGCACCGAUGUAGAUAUUGUCUUCACUAAACUCAAAGCAAAGACAUCUCGGGUUAUUACAUAUGAGGAGUUCCAGAAAGCUCUAGAAGAAUUGGCCCCAAAGAGGUUCAAAGGUCAAAGCAAAGAGGAGGCAUUGCAGUCUAUAUAUCAGCUAAUUGAAGGCAAAGAUCCUACCAACGUUGGUGUAACGAAAGUGGCAAAAACUGCUACAGUGGAUAGGUUAACCGACACAUCUAAAUAUACGGGCUCACACAAGGAGCGCUUUGAUCAGAGUGGGAAAGGCAAAGGAAAAGGUGGGCGGGAGGAGAUUGUGGAGCACACAGGCUACGUAGGGGCCUACAAGAACGCCGGGAGUUACGAGGAGAAGACAAAGGCCAAGUAAGGCCCCACUGUCUCCAUGUCAACAUGUUCUAAGCUCUGAGCUCCAUCUUCAUCAGCACUUAUCUGGACCAAAGCCAAACUUGAACUUUGACCUGUAAAAUCACACAGCCACUGUGCAGUGUAACAAAGGAAGUGUUGUAAAUGUUCGUCUUUAAGGAUAAAGAACAUAGUAUUACAGUCAGUUUUCGUUAGAAAGUUGACAGAAGGGUAAGAGGGGAAUAGGAUUUCAGGUGAAAAUCUCAAAGAACAAGUAUAAAGACUCUAUAAAGAAGUAGGCUCUGUUGAAGGGAAACAGAUAAGUAAUACACUUGUUUGUUUUAAUGUUGCUGUUUAAUAGCUAUGAGAAAUGUGCAUCUGAACAUCACUAUUCUUUAGAGAGUGAUAAGUGAACACAAUAACCUUUUUAAGAGAUUUAUUUCUUCUAACAUAUGUAUAGACCUUAGGUAGUGCCACAUUUAAUUUUGGAUAGGAAUGAAAAUGAGGCUGUGAGGGAUAGAAUAGUUAAAUGUUGUCUAACAACAUACCGAUUGUUCAGCU